UUGGGCAACCCACUCCGGGUUUUGCUGCUCCGGCGCAGAGGAGGUCCAGCUCCGUCCCGCCUUCAAGUCCAGCUCCGGCUUUUACAUUGCCUUUCCUUCUUUCCUUCCUUCCUCCUCCAGCUGUUACACAUCUGGCCAGCCGCGCCUUCCUCUCCUUCUCUCCCUUCCUUCUCCUUGCAGAGACCCAGCUGCAUUGAGGAUCUUCCAAUGUCCGGGGAAGAGGCGGCCGGGGGCGACCAUGCAGGGGCUCCAUCCUCCACCGGAGCCCCACCAUCGGAGCAACAGCAGCAGCAGCCCCCGGAGCAGAAGGAAACCGAGGCGGCCCCAGCAGCAGCAGCUCCGGAGGAGAAGGAGGGCAAGCCGGAGAAGGAGAGCCCCGGGCGCCCCUACAAGGCUCUGGUGCUGAGUGGCUUCGGGGGCUACGAGAAAGUCAAGCUCCAGACCAAGCAGCUGCCCCAAGCGGAGCCCAGCCCUGGCCCCGGGCAGGUCAGCCUCCAGCUGCGGGCCUGCGGGCUCAACUUCGCGGACCUCUUGGCUCGGCAGGGGCUCUACGAGAGGCUCCCCGCGCCUCCCUUCAGCCCCGGCAUGGAGGCCGCCGGCACCGUCCUGGCCGCCGGAGAGGGAGUCUCCAGCCCCAAGGUGGGUGAUAAGGUGAUGGUGAUGGCCAGAUCUGGUCUCUGGCAGGAAAUAGUGACAGUCCCAGCCAAUCAGACAUUUCCAAUGCCAGAAGGGAUGAGCUUUGAAGAAGCUGCCGCCUUUCUUGUCAAUUACAUCACAGCCUACAUGGUCCUUUUUGACUUUGGCAACCUGCGGCCCAACCAGAGUGUCCUUGUCCACAUGGCAGCAGGUGGAGUAGGAACUGCUGCAGUACAGCUCUGCAAAACGGUAGAAAACGUCACUGUUUUUGGCACAGCCUCUGCCUCUAAGCAUGAGUCCCUCAAGGAAAAUGGGGUCACCCACCCUAUUGACUAUCGGGCUGCUGAUUAUGUGGCAGAGGUCCGGAAAAUCUCCCCCAAAGGUGUAGAUGUGGUCUUGGACCCCCUAGGGGGCUCAGAUACCACAAAAGGCUUUAAUCUCCUGAAACCAAUGGGCAAACUAGUCACCUACGGUGUAGCCAACUUGUUAACAGGGCAAAGGAAGAACCUGAUGGCCAUGGCAAAGACCUGGUGGAACCAGUUCAGUAUCAAUGCAUUGCAGCUGCUUCAUUCUAACAAAGCUGUUUGUGGCUACCACCUGGGCUACCUGGAUGAUGAGGUGGAACUUCUAAAUGGUGUGGUCACCAAGCUCAUUGCCCUCUACAAUCAAGGCAAAAUCAAGCCAAAAGUGGACUCUGUUUGGUCUUUUGAGCAGGUUGUGGAUGCUAUGAAGCAGAUGCAGGAGAAGAAGAAUGUUGGGAAAGUUGUUCUGGUUCCUGAAGCACCACCGAAAGAUGAAAACAAGAAAGCAGAGAACUAAAGCCAAGGGGCAUGGGUGGAUUGUCUGACCUCAGGUCCUCAUGUUGGUUUUUGUUGGGUUGGGUUGUUGUUUUUUUCUUAGCUCUCCCUCCUUCCACCCCAUCUGAUCUUUUUGAAGGAAGUAGGAAUGGACAGAUUUCACACUGCUGUUAGUGGAACAAGUGGCAUAAAGAUGGAAGAGACCAAUGUCUUGCAUUGUGGCCAGUUAGUUAAAGAUGGGGCAAACCUCUUGAUUUUCACAAAUUGUUCUGUAAGUGGGGCUCAAAAUGAUUGCGCCAUCUUUGUAAACUAAUUGGCUGGCCUAGCUUUUAUUUUUAAGGUAUCCCACUGAUGCUGCACCUCUACUUUUGUGGGAUCAACACUUUGGUCUCUUAAAGGAACAAAAAAGCAUCAUAUGAAGGGUAGGGUGCCUGAGGUAGGUGCCUCUAUUGCAGUCUCCUCUGUUUUUUCUAGAUUCUUCUCUUUCCGCUAUCACCCACCCACGACUCCACAAAAUUUUCACCUGAAUCAUUUUACCUCUAGGACCUCUUCUCUUCCCCCAUCUCCCUCCCACCCCCAGGCUGCCUCUGAAUACUCGGUGACUAAUAACUUUUGAGCAUGUAAAACUCCCAUUGUUACAGCAACUACUGACUGUUUCCAUGGAAAUGAAGCUUCAAAUCUAUCACUUCCGAUGGACAUGUUUAAUAAGCAGAACACACCAGACCCUUUAUUGUUUUGUUUUUUGGCAGCUCGGCUGUUGCACAAAAAAAUUGGGGUAUGGGGGAGGGGUGGAAGACAACUUGUGCCUCUAUGACAGAGCCCUAGACACUGCCACUGCCUUCUCUCCAAUGUGCAAGUGUCACUCUACUGGAGCUCAGACAAGUUUCUUUCUUUCCAUUUUGCACUACAACUCAUAGAAUCCCCUGGCCACUAUGUCCAAAAAAGGGAACUUGUCCAAGCACUGCAUGAUUCUAUGUAGGCAAGCCUCACACACCAAAAUAAUUUUAAAUCCAUCGAUUUGCCAUGUUCAGGGGCAAGACUUGAUUUUCCCCCAGAUGAAAUGGAUUGUGCAGACAGCGUACUUAACAGUGCCAAGCAGCUGACUAGCCUGUAAUCUCAGAUCUGCUAUCGCUUGCAAAACAAAUCAACUCUUCUGUCAUGGUAAUAUCAUAUGACUUAGCAAGGGGUCGGUUUGGUGUUUUAAUAUGGAAACAAUAGUACAUUCUCUGACAUUUAAGAAACGAAUAAUGCUUUGAUCACAGCAGGCUGGAUGAAGACAGACUAAACUAUCACCUCUUACCAUUCUGAUGCUUGUUUUGAUUUGAAACCAAAAGUAUCCAGAUAGUGCAUACACUCCUGUCUUGUCCAACAUAGCAUCCAAAAUUAACACAGUUCAUGAUUCAUUAUUGCAUUGUUUUGGGCGGGGAUGGUGGUGAUGACAUGAAGAAUUUUGUGUGAGGAGGAGCAGGGACAGAAGGCAGAAACUAUGAUCUCUUCCUUACAUCUUGACUUAGAAAAUGGCCCAUCUAAGAAUGGAUGCUGACUGGCCUUGCUGCAGCCAUCCAACUCUGUGUAAACUGCUCUGCUGAAACAGCUUCUGUUUAAUUCAGGGUGUAGGUUCUGGUCUCUUCCUUGGAAAAACAGGCUUCGUUUUUUCCUGUCUUCUGGCCCUCUUCCAUUUCAAUAACUCUUUUCAAUCUUCUUUGGCCCACCACAGAGUAUCACUUUUCUGCAGUUGUGCCCAGUUUUGAAUGUCCUGCUUUUUCUCAUAGCUGGAUCUUCUUGUUCCAUGGUAUUGCCCUCCACAUUCUGGUUAACAGUAGGUGCAAGCCAAGGGAUGAAGGACCUGCUCACUUCCCCAGCCCUCUUCCUUGAUGUUCACAGGUUGGCCAAGGCAUGAAGCCUGAUGCCAGCAAUCUGUCUUUUCCAGGAAGAACAUAUUAGGGACCCUGACAUUUAAACCUUUGCAUGUAUUGUGCUCCUUUUUCCUGAGGGACAUGUGGUCGAAGUGUUCCCUUUAGCUGGUAAAGAAAUAUAUGCAAGUGAGAAGGCCAACUGUGGGCCUUGUUUGGUCCAUGAUUGCCCAUAAUUAUUAUGAGUAUCUUGAUGCUAAAGACUUCAUAAUUUUGAAGUCUGAUCAAAUGCAUCUGUUAUCCCUUCCUUUCCAAGCAUCCAUCUGUUGAAAUAGUUGUUAGUCUAGGUGUUUUAAGGCAAAAGGUUUCAGUAUGGACCCUCUGGGCUUCCUCAUAGGUGCAUUUCCCCACUCUCCCCCCCCCCAGUUUGUGUAAGUUGAAAACAAAUUACCUGGCUUGCAAGCAACCCACAUCAUUUUCCUUCCCCAGAAUGCCCAUGGGCACCAUGUGUGCUCCCUGUGGCACGUUGCUUAACAGCAGCCAGGCCACCUGCUAACCUAGAAACUCAUCUUUUAGCUGUAUCAGUUUCUUUUUCUCAGAUGUUUUUGCAUGGGCUGCUUCCACAAUGUCAUCCACCCACCCCUAUUGACAGCCAUUUUGGCGAGGCUUUUAAUCAAAAUUCCAAAUGGGUCCACCUGCCCAAUAAGGCGUUGUCUUGGUUAUCUACAUAUAUAACAAACAGAUCUACUAGCAAUUUCAGUGAAUAACAUAAACAAAUAAGCAUUUUACAUAGUCAGCAUGGAGACAUUUUGGCUCUGAUAACUAAAAAUCCAAAAGAUCGUUCUGAGUAAAAGGUAGGAAGAACCCUUCUUGCAGUGCCUCAUUUCUUUUAACACAGAAUUACAACAUUCUUUAUAGCUUGAAGCAGUGGUAUUUGGGAGUCCAUCUUUUCUUGCAGCUCGAACAAAGUCACGCAGCACUGCUUAGUUAUCCCUUACAUCUUUAAAGCUAUCCUCUUCAUAGCCUCUUACUGAAUGACAUUAUGGGUUCCAGAUUAAUUCAUAUGAUGCUGGAGCUAGAAAGAGUUAACAGGUCACCUGCUCCAAGCAAGUAUGGCUCAGUGGUAAAGCAGAUGAGCCUGCUUUCAUUCCAUGCUAGCUAGUUAUUUGGCAGGUAGAAGAGCAGGACAAAAUUUCAGCUUAGGAAGUGCCGCAGGUGCUCAGUGGUCUAACUCAGAACAAAGCAGCUUCACAUGUGUUCAUACAUUAGGGUGAGCUGGUGACCAGCUAUUCAUCCACAGAUAGUGUCAAGCAAUCCUCACCAGUAUGAGCCACAACUCUAGAGCUGAUAUACUGAAUACCCAAGUCAUAAAGCUGUCACCCCAUGCUUCAAACAUACCACUUUCUUCCAGAGCUUGGAAAACUUCCCUUGUUUGUAUUGCAAGUUCCAGAAUUUUGCUGGCUCAUGUGGUCAUUGGUUAUGUAGGCUGAAGGAUUCACGAAUUGUAGUAAUAAACAAAGAGGAAUUUUGUAAGCUCUGCUUACAGGGUUUUUUUUGGGGGGGGGGGAAUCAUAGUAGGCUCUGACUAUUUUGUCCCUCAUUUCUCACCACCUGUUCCAGUUUGGUUACACUUUGUGGCAUACUCAAGGCUGCUUUUGCCAAGGGCCAGAACUAACUUGCCAUCUUCAAAGUUCUUGGGCCUGUACAAGCAUGCAAACCCAGUAUGAUUGACUUACAAAACAAGCAAGCUGGAGUUCACAACUCUGCUUGUGUGAAGCACAACGGGGGUGGGGGAAAACCUUUCAGAUGUGUGUCUUAAUCUAGAACUCCAACCUCAUUCGAAGGGGGGUGAGUUGAGAAGGAAGUGAUGCAGACCUUCACUUUUAUUGCCUUCCUUCCUUACUGCUGCCUGGUGCCUUAUUCCGGAUGGCAUUUCAGAACUUGUAACCUCAUCCUUUUAAUACUGCAAGGAACAGCCUUGCUUUUAAAAGAACUCCUAUGCUGCAGUUACUCCUGGUUUUACCAGUGCCUUGUUCCAGGCAGUAAGUACUAACCCCAGAAGCUUUUGCCAAACCUGGCUUCUUUAAUAGAGUGCACCUGCCCCAAAUAACUGGUGUGAAAUAUGGUAUCUAUAUGAUUGUAUUUUAGACCAGCAGCAAGGUGUCCUGCAUAAUGUGAUGACUGCCUGCACAUGUGCAUGCAUCUCUAGGCCACAUGCUGAGAAUAUGAGCUUUCCCAGAAUCCCCCACCAGGGGAGCCACUGCACAUUUAUCACAAUUGUACUAAGAAAGCCCUUUUUAUCUCCCAUGCACUGAGUCUAUGAGAAUGUGCUAUAGAAACUACAUUUUAAAUCUGAAUCAAUGUACCACUUUCAGAUUGUGAGCAUAUUUUCAGUAUUCUGUUCCUAGUAUCACUUGUGACACUAGUAUCAUCCCUUCCAGAAUAUACCACUCUUUUGGGGGAAAGAUUAUUACUGUGCUCAUAAGUUGUUUGUGGAUUUCCCAUAAACAGCUGCUGUGAGUGGAAUACUGGGGCUCUUUCAGACUAUGUUUACAAUAUUUUUAUUUCACUUUAACUGCCAUGGCAUCAUCCUAUGGAAUACAGGGGUUUGUAGUCUGGAGAGAGAUAGAGACCGCUGGUUGAGACUCCAAAAUGCCCUUCCCUCAAUAGCAAAUCCCAGCUUUCUGUAGGACUGAAACAUGGCAGUUAAAAGUGAAAUCAUAGGGCUAUAACUGUGUAGUGUGACAGGGUCUCUGGAUGAGACAAGCAUUUGGUGUGAACUAGCAGGCUUCUUACAUUCUUUAGAGAUGGGGCAAAUACCUUUUCACCUAUGUAUAAAUGUAUUGUGGGGGGCGGGGGGCGAGACGGAAAAUUCUUAGCAGAUAGCAGCAGCAAGCAAUGCCAUUCCCUUCCUGCAAAAUGUUUGUACUGUUUCCCUCCCCUCAUGCUGGAGUCUUGCUGGUUUUGAAUCAUUCCUCCCAAACAAGAAAAAGGUCUUUUCCCUUUGUGCUAGAGGUUUAAAACUGACUUGUCUUACUGCUACUCGGUAGCUGAAAUCCUUUUAUACAGGAGACAUCAAAUUUAAAGCACUAUAACUUUGCUCUUUGUUGCCUUGCUGAUUAAUACUGUAGUCUUGAAUUUUAUAGUAGCCCCUUUCUUUUGUGAUUUGACUGUGUGUGUCUCUCUGUGUGUGUGUGUGUGUGUUUGAGACCACUGUUUUAUGGGCCAUGAGUAUUACAUGAGACCCUUGAUCCCUUUUUUUUUAUAAAUGGUCUUAACUUGUUAAAACUGCAUGUGCUUGACUUCAAGGACCAAAGCAGGAGGG